UUACACUCGACAAUGUAAUUCUUUGGAUCCAAUUUUCUCAAGUGUCCAAAUAAACUGCUAAAUAAUAAUAAUAUUAUUAACAUAGAUAAUUAUCUAUGUUAAUGAAAGAUUUUUAAAGAUUUUCUCAGAAAUUUAAUCUUUUCCAAUCAUUAGUUUGCUUAUAAUUAGCUUUUAACAAGUUGCUUUUUUUCAAAUUGCGUAUUUAAAAUGAGUAACUCUGAUUCAUCUGAAGUAUUACCAUUUGAAAGUAACUAUCAAAAUGAAGACAGUGACUCAAGUCUUGGACUUGGUGACACAUCGACAAGCUCAUCAACCGAAGAUGAACGUGAUCUUUUGGAUUAUGAUCCAACUCCCUGGGAUAAUCCAUUCCCUCGACCUUAUUGGUUCUCAUGUAGACAAAUAAUGUCCCGAGAGUAUGGCGAUAAUGUGAAACCUGGCCUACUCACCAAGAGACCCGAUCUUACUCAUUAUAACCCGUACUGGUUUAGGAAAUAUGCUUACGAUUCUCUCUACUUCAUCCAGCGAAUGGAAAUGACUGAUCUCCUUUAUCGUCACACUGGUUGUGUUAAUUGUUUAAAUUUCAAUAAAUCAGGUGAUCUCUUGUGCAGUGGAAGUGACGAUCUUUGCAUCAAUAUUUGGGACUGGCGAUCAUCCAAAUUGAAACAUUCAUUUUCUUCUGGUCAUACAAGAAACGUUUUCCAAAGUCUUUGGUGUCUUGACGAUACCCACAUAGUCACUUGUUCUCGCGAUGGUCAGAUCAGAAUCUGUGAUAUCAAUAAUAUUUCUGGUUCUUCUAAACGUAUUGCUCGCCAUUCAGAUGCAGUUCAUAAGUUAACCUUUACAGAGCCACAGGUUAUAUUGAGCUGCGGAGAAGAUGGUGCCAUUUAUGAGAUCGAUUUAAGGUGUAAUAAGUCCACUUUGUUAUUCGUACUAAAGAAUCAAUUGGACGAUCCAAUCCCUUUAUACUCAAUCAAUUGUAAUAUGAACUUUACCCCAAACUAUUUUGCUGUUGCCGGUCAAUCACCACAAGUCAGAAUAUAUGACCGACGAUUAUUGAGAAAACCAUCCGUUGACGAUUCCUCAAACUCUUCGUCCGUCUCAAAUGAUUCGUCGUCGUCGUCCGAUGAUCAUUCAAAUAGCGAUCAAGCUUCAAAUCCAUCGGCUGUUAUGAGUUUGGGUGCCAGCGAAAAUUCAUUGUACAGUGUGACCAGUGCAGUCUACAAUAGUACAGGUUCUAGAUUAUUAAUGUCUUACAAUGAUGAAGAUUUGUACGUGUUUGACACGAAAACUGGUAAACAGGAAGGUAAAUACCAGGGUCAUCGUAAUAAGGAAACAAUCAAAGGAUGUUCCUGGUUUGGUGACAAUUUCAUCAUCUCAGGUUCAGACGAUGGUUAUAUCUAUGGAUGGGAUAGGAAAUCUCAACACAUUGUGAUGUCCAUUCGUGCAGACAAAUCUGGAUCUGUAAAUUGUUUGGAGAUGCAUCCAAAUGUCCCAGUGAUAGCUUCGAGUGGUAUUGAGGAUUCCAUCAAAAUCUUUGAGCCAACGGCUGAUGUUUGGCCGAAAACCUUGACUGGCAUAAAAAAGAGAAUCUGUGAAAAUAUUCGUAAUCGAUUAUCAGGGGAUAAGAACGACCUGUUUGACGCUAGAGGUUUGGCCAUGUUGCUCGUAAUGAGAAACAUGUCUCGAAUUAGAAAUCCCAAUCAACAAGAAAAUGAAUCUGAUUCUCAAGAAGAUGAUGAUGAUGACGAUUCACCCGAUGUUUCAUGUCUUCCUUCAUAAUCAUAAUCAACCAUCACAAUUAAAUCCGCUCCUGAUUUGGAUACUUAAAUGAAACUAAUUACUGAUUUAGGAUUCGUUGUAAAAAAAAUAUUUUUAUUAUAACUAAAUCGGGACCAUCAAAUUAUUGAUCAUCAUCAUCAAUCCAGUAAUAAACUACUCUUACUCAUUUAA